GAAAAGAGGUGUUUCAGCAAAGGGCCCAGGUUGCUAAGCAGUGAGCCGCAGAGAUCGAGCCUCUUAAAGCUACAGGGGAUGGUUUUCGUUACCGGAGUUAUGAUAGUGAUCUGACACAGACAGGAUUGAGAAUGAUAUCUGUUGAAAUUUGCCAGGUGGUACCCCCCUGCCUGCCUAUUUGCCCGGGGCUCCGUGUGCCCUUUCGAGAAUGUGACCAAAGGACCAGAAAGGGGUGGCAGCGGCAGCAGUGGUGGCAGCGGACUUGUGACAUCCUCGCCUCAGCUUUGGAGGAUUGAAGCCAUGUUGGAACCAAGAAGCCUAUUGCUUUAAAGGACGCCACGGGCCCCCAAGGGCCUCCGGAGGAGUCGUGCAGCAUUGGGAAAGUUGGCGACGUCCACGGGGAGGUCUAUGACAACGACAGGAACGCACCAGGAACCCGUGGGCAUCGGAGACGUCCCCGAGCCCCGCACCCCCGGAGGAGUGAACCACGCUCGGAGAUGCUCUGGGGCUGAAGCAGCCCCGGGAAGCCCGGUGGAACGGGGCUGGGUGGGGCAAGAAAGCGAGGCUUGGCAGUCUCCGGCCGGUAGCCCAACGGGAUGACGGCCUGGUCCAUGGUGCAGAAGCUGAAAAUGGAGAAGAGAUCCUCCCGAGAAGAGAGGACCGCGGAGCGGGACGCUGGGGACUGCAGCGCCGAGUCGGAGGACUGGACGAGUUCCGAGAGCGAGCCCGAGCAGCCCUGCCUCAGGACCAGCGGCAGCAGCGGCGGUGGCAGCAGCAGCGGCGACAGCAGCGGCAGCAUCAGCGGCGGCGGCGGCGGCGGCUCCGGCCGCAUCGCAUGUGGCGGUGGCGGCGGCAACCCUCGUUGGAGGGAGCGAGAGGUGUCCCAUAAGCCUCACCGGCAGCUCUGCCGCUCUCCCUGCCUGGACCGGCCCAGCUUCUCACAGAGCAGCACCCUGCAAGAGCUGCGGCUCGACCCGGAGAAGACCCCCCUGGACAAGGAAUACCAGGCCAAAAUGGACUUCGCGCUCAAGCUGGGAUACGCCGGGGAACAGAUCCAAGCCGUGUUGAACAAACUGGGCCCCGACGCGCUGAUCAACGAUAUCCUGGCCGAGCUGGUCCGGCUGGGUAACAAAGGCGAGGCGGAGGGGCACGGCGGCGGCGGUGGCAGCGGCAGCGGCGGCGGGGGCGGUACUGCCGCCGGCAUGCUCGUGCCCCGUGGUCCCUGCCCCCAGGAGAUCGCCAGCCCCGAGCUGUCCCUAGAAGAAGAGAUGGUGGACAACACGGACAAUCUGAGGCCAGUCGUCAUCGACGGCAGCAACGUGGCGAUGAGCCACGGAAAUAAAGAAAGCUUCUCCUGCCGAGGGAUUCAGUUAGCUGUGGACUGGUUUCUGGAGAAGGGGCACAAAGACAUUACUGUGUUCGUGCCUGCUUGGAGAAAGGAACAGUCUCGCCCAGAUGCGCCGAUCACAGAUCAAGAAAUCUUGCGAAAACUGGAGAAAGAGAAAAUUCUGGUCUUCACCCCGUCCCGGAGGGUCCAGGGGAGGAGAGUGGUCUGCUACGACGACCGGUUUAUCGUCAAGUUGGCUUUCGAUUCGGAUGGCAUCAUCGUGUCCAACGACAACUACCGGGACCUGCAAAAUGAAAAGCCAGAGUGGAAGAAGUUCAUAGAAGAGAGGCUGCUGAUGUAUUCCUUUGUCAAUGACAAAUUUAUGCCGCCCGAUGACCCUCUAGGACGCCACGGCCCGAGCCUUGAAAAUUUCCUGAGAAAGAGGCCGGUUAUCCCGGAACAUAAAAAACAGCCGUGCCCGUACGGCAAGAAGUGCACGUACGGCCACAAGUGCAAGUACUACCACCCGGAGCGGGCCCACCAGCCACAGCGAGCCGUGGCCGACGAGCUCCGCAUCAGCGCCAAGCUGUGCGCCGUCAAGACCCUGAGCGAGGGUGCGCUGGCCAAGGCCGCCGGCGGCUCGGCCGGCCCCAAGGGCGAGGUGGGCCCGGAAGGCAAGCGGGUUGCCCCCAAGCGCCAGUCGGACCCCAGCAUCCGCUCGGUGGCGGCCGCGGAGCCCGAGGAGAGGCUGUCGGCCGCCCGCAAGGCCGAGGCCAGCUCGGUGCCCUCGCUGGUGUCGGCGCUGAGCGUGCCGACGCUGCCCCCGCCCAAGAGCCACGCGGCCGGGGCCCUGAACACCCGCUCGGCCAGCAGCCCCGUGCCGGGCACGUCGCCGUUCGCCCACCCGCAGGCCGGCCUGGACCACAUGGCCGGCCGGCGGUAUCCCCCCAUCCUGGUCACCAACACCCACGGCGCCCCGGUGGACUACAGCGAACCGUAUCCCAAGUACGACUCUCUGACCGACCCCGGCUACUACUCCAUGCUGAGCGACUUCUCCGGGACCCUGAGCCUCGGCAGCGGGGACUACUACGGGCCCGCCGCCGAGCCGGACCCCGGCCUCUUCUCGCGCAACCCCAGCCCCGGGCCCGGGCCCGACCCCCGCCUGAGCCAGCCGGGAGGAGCCGGCUACGCCGCCUUCGGCGAGCUCUACCUGGGCCUGGCGGACAGCGGGCCGGAGGAGACCCUGAAGAUGCGCCGGUCGCCCUCCCGGCACCGCCCGCAGCCCUUCGCCCCCGGCGGUUUCCACGAGGCCUUGGCCCGGGUCCAGAGCUACGGGCCCGAGGAGCCCUGUCCGGGCCCGCGCAAGCCGCCGCUCUCCCGCCUGGCCCUCCACGUCCAGCAUCCGGUGGCCGGAACCCGGGCCAGCUGCCCCGGGGACUACCCGGGGCCCCCGGGCGCCCAGGUGGCGGCCGCCCCCGGUGCCCAGCCGGGCCGGGCCCUGGUCAUGACCCGCAUGGACAGCGUCUCGGACUCCCGGCUCUACGAGGGCCACCCGACCAGGCAGCGGAGGCCCCCGCUCUGCCGGGAGCAGCACGCCAGUUGGGACCCGCUGCCCGGCCCGGCCGACUCGUACGGCUACCACUCGUACCCGCUGAGCGGCGGCCUGAUGCAGCCGUGCUACGAGCCCGUCAUGGUGCGCAGCAUGCCCGAGAAGAUGGAGCAGCUGUGGCGGCACCCGUGGGCCGGAGCCUGCGGCGAGCCCCGCGAGCAGCCCGCCGUCCCGGAGCACCAUUACCAGACCUACCGGAACCUGUGCAACAUCUUCCCGGCCGGCGUCGUCCUGGCCGUCAUGGAGAAGAACCCGCACCUGACGGACGCGCAGCAGUUGGCCGCCGUGAUCGUGACCAAACUCAGGUCAGGGCGCUGACCCGCGGCGCCCGGGCACUGCUCCGACUCUCCUGGCUCUGGAGAUGGGCGGCGGCGGGCGGGGCUGGGGCUCCGCUCGGGCCUGGCCAACCCCCACC